UAUUGGAGGACGUUGAGAAAAACCAUUCAAAAGUCCAAAAUUUCGUCUCUCGUUGCUGUUUGUUUGCCAUUCAUUUAUCAUUCACGUGUCUCUGUUUUCUUUUUCUCACCCUUUUCUCGUUUUAUUUCGCUUUCUCAUCUGAGUUUUUCUGUUUGUUUUCUCGGUAAAGAUUCUUGGCGGUUACGGUUUAUUUGACAGUGGGCGCUGAAUAUAUAGGGGUCCUCUCUUUGAUUCAACACUCAUUAUUCAAGUGUGAGAGAAAAUAUAGAGAAAAUGGAGGGAGGGAAACAAACAGGUUCUUCAUUCACUUCUGAUCUUUUUGGCUCAAAGGAUUCUUCUGUUUCAUCGACUUCUGGGAUUUUCGACUCAAUUUUCGCACCUUCUACUCUGGUCUCGGGAGAAGCAUCUUUGCGUCCUCUGGAAUCGGAGAAGAAGCACGACUCUGGAAAUACAGUUCGGAGUGCCAAUACAGAGAUUAUAGGCAAUAAUUCUCGGAGUGGUGAAGGCCAGAGGCAGAGCAUACCAGGCAAAGACCCAAAUUUGGGAUAUCAGGAGGAAAAAGCACAACCAUUUCACUACAGCUCGUCGAUAUACUACGGUGGUCAAGAUGUCUAUUCUCGUCCCCAGAAUACUCAGAACCCAGGACCAACAACUUUCGGUAAGGAUGGGGAAGACGACGACUCAGGCAGUGCUUCUAGAGGGAACUGGUGGCAGGGAUCUCUUUAUUAUUGAAGUUCGUUGCCAUGGCAUGUGAAUAUGCCAUAUAAUUGGGAAAAUAUUAAUGCAGGGCAGAAGGGAUUUAUUCUAGUUUCUCUAAUAUGGAAGAUAAGUGAUAGUUACAAACCGUCACUUUUUGUUACUCUGCGAUUCCGCUCUUUCUUUAGUUUAUUGGAGUCCGAGAAUCCGUUCUUACCAGCAGUAGAGCGCAAGAGACUGUCGAGUUUAAAUAUUCCAGUUAUUAUAUGUAAUUGUAGCUAGUGUAUCUGGGUUUUUCGUUGUGUGGAACUGUAAAGAAUAAUGAACUUGUUGCUUUUAGCCCUUCGACUGCAUAAUAGAUAUGAUCUUAUAGCUCUUUGAACUUUCUAUGUUAUGUUCGUAUUAGGUUCAAUGGAUUGUGAUUUGGUAAA